GAGUGGGAGGCAGACAGAAGACUUGGGGAAGAUGACAGGGGAAAGGCCAGGCUAAGCUGGUUGAAGUUGCGUCAAAUGCGCUCUGCUGGUGACUUCGAGUCUCGAAAGCGCCGUCAUGAGCUCCCAUUUGGGACCCUCUGGUGUAAAUGGCUCAAGCAGAGUUGGAGGUCGUGGAAGUGAGGAUGGCGGUGAAGAAAACAGCGACAACGAGACUUACACCCCGUGCUUAAAAGCAGUGAGGCCCAGGUUGAGGAGUGCAGAUCCAGCUGGUGAGGGAAGGUCGAGCGGUGUGGAGCAGCUGGUGAGACCUGCACUGCCGGGGAGGAAAGCACACAGAAAGACCUGCAGCAAGGACAACAGAGGAAGAUGGAGAGAUGGAAACCAAGACAGGGAUGAGGAGAGACAAAAUGUUGAACAUGUAGGAGGCCGGGAAAGAGGAAAACAAAGGCAAAGAAAGACUGAAAGAACUGAGACACGUGGAGAUGGAGCCCGGGACAGACAGGGAACAGGAAGCACUGAAAGUUUGUCCAGCAGCAAUUCUGACAUCCACUUUAACAGCACUUUGGAAGUUGGAGAAGGAUCAAACAACUUGCAGAGAGGAUACAUUAGACCUCCCAGUAUUGGCUGCACCCGGACCAUCACCACCAAUUUAAACCCCCAAUCCCCUCGGCCAGCAUUGAAGUCCACGUCUUCUGCUCUCCCUCAGCCUCCCAUCCAAACCAGAUCCACACGUCUUUCCCCUCAGAGACUUUUAUCCAGGACAACGACGGCAGGAGACCUGCACCGCUACCCGUUUAGUUCAUACAGAGAGCCAGAUCCGUUCUGGGCGGAGGUGAGAACGGGGGCAGCAGCCGGACGAUCGUCACAAAACCAUCAGACACACAUCCCAUCUCUCACCAGCUCAGAGCUAGGAGAAGAAGAGGAGGAGGAAGAAGAAGUGGAGGACGACGUGGAAGAUGGCGAGGAAGGAGGCAGUGGUGUGAUGGAGGUGAUCGGUCAAACCGUGACCUCAGCAGCGGUGCCGCCUUGUGUUCCUUUUGGGGAGAGGAGGAUGAGUAAACGAGAGAAGAACAGGAUUAAGUGUCUGAGGAGGAGGCAGAGGAGGAGGGAGAGGUGGAGACAAAGUCAACUGCAGGAAAGCAGACAGAGCUCAACAGGGAACCCAUCCAGCAGCAGUAGCGAGGAUGACGAGGACGUGAGCGCCGGUGACAGAGAAGGUUACAUCUGUGCGGUGUGCUUGGAUGUAUACUUCAGCCCUUACAUGUGUCACCCAUGCAACCACGUCUUCUGUGAACCCUGUCUGAGGACGCUGGCUAAGAGCAGCCCCACCAGCACACCCUGCCCCCUCUGCAGAACAAUCAUCACUCAUGUCUUCUUCCAGAAGGAGCUAAACCAAACAGCAAGAACAUUCUUCCCAAAGGAAUACCUUUCCCGGAAACAGAACUUCCAGAAAGCAAGUUGUGCAAAGUGGCCUCUCCCAAGCUGCCGAAAACUCUUCCGUAUCUUUGGAGGUUUCCAGAGGCCGUCCAGUCCCAUUGCUAGACGCCAGUUCCCCCAUGGAGGAGGCUACCGUCUGGACGCUCUGGACUUUGAGGAUGACUCUCGAGGCUGGCACUUUGACAUGGACAUGGUCAUCAUCUACAUCUACUCGGUCAACUGGGUUAUUGGCUUUUUCAUAUUCUGCUUCCUUUGCUACCUCUUCUUCCCUUCCUUUUGACAGUCCUGGCAACAAUGUUGGAGCAACACUGAAUGAUGAGGGUAAAGUAAGGAAUGAAAGAUGAAGCAGAGGGCAGGAAAGUACAUAUAUAUAGGGGGUGUCACAGUAUAACCUACCUACUGAGCUGUAGGGUUUAAUGAGAAGACAAUGAGGGAAUUUCAAGCAGGUGGGAUGCCGCGGUGGCGGGAAAACGACAGUGCGCCAGCUUGUUGUCUCUCAUUAAUAAAUGAUUGAAAUGGUGUAGGGGGAUGUUUGGGAACCCUCUGUUCUCUGUCUCCACAUGUUGCACAUGUAAUGUGGGUUGCACAACAUGUCCUGUUCCUGUAAGCAGGGGUGUUAAUACAUGUAUAACAUCUCCUAGGUUGUAGUGUUUUGCUUUCAGCAUAAUUACAAACGGUCUAUUAAAGGAACAGUGUGUAGCAUUUAUGGGGAGCUAUUUGCAAAAAUGGAAUAUAAUAUUAAUAAGUAGGGUUUUCAUUAGUGUACAAUCACCUGAAAAUAAGAAUCGUUGCGUU